CUCCAAACCUGUCUCUUGUUCAGUGUUCUGUGCGUGAAAACUGAAAUGGCUAAUGGUUGGGAGUGGGGAGGAAAGGAGGAAAAGGUUUGAAAAAGCAAUGGCGUCUUCAGUUUCAACUUCAACUAACGUGGCGUUGCUGCUGUAGGAGAGAGAAACUUCCCUCCUUUUUCUGUUCUACUCCCUCGUGAUUAGCUUCCCUCCCCCACAUACCCAACAUUAAAAUACACUUCUUCUUCUUCUUCUUCCCUACUAAUAAGCUUUCCCUGGAAUCCAACCCAUCUCACUUCACCUGUCUCUCUACAUCCUGAAGAAGGGGGGAAAGCGUGAAGAAGAAAGACCCACUGUGGGUGUAGCGAGCAGCAAAAGAAAAUGCCCAGACAUGGCGGGAAUCCUAUGACCAAUUAACCUCCGCUUUGGGAAGGUGUCGGUGGGUUCGUUAGUCUAUGUUCGCCGCAUCUUCUUCUUUCUUCUACUCCUACCCACCGACUGCUCACUAUCUUCAGUAAUCCUCCAAAGGGUGACCUUAUCUGUAAGUUAAUUUUCUUUUCUUGUUAGAUUCCCCAUUUGGGUUUCAGCUUUCUACCCAAUUUUGGAAAUUCUCUUUAGGUUUCUUCCUGCUGGGUUGCUGUUUGCUACUGCUGGGUUGUAGUUUCAUUUGUUAGGUGAAAUCUUUAGACGCUCUUUCUUAUGCUUUGCGGGUCUGGUCUGAAUUCAAAGCUGCUGAUAUCAACGCCGCCUGCAAGAUCUGGACUUGCUCUCACUGGAAUACAUUCUUCUGCGUUGAUUUAAUGGAUUGACUCUCUUCUUUUCCCCUUUUUGUGGGUUUCUGUUUUGGAUUGACCCCAUUUCCCUCGCAAUUCGGUAUCAUCGAGUAACAAACAAGUGGCUGUUUAACGUUUUACUUUUGGAUAUACAUAGAAUUUUGGUGCUUGCUCUCACUUGUAUAUUGCCUGCAGAAUUCAGUAAGGCUUGAUGUGAAUCGUUUUCCCAGUUCUGCAGGGUUUAAGAGUUGCUGUGUGUGUAAUCAUCUUCACAUAUGGGAACUCUGUCAACUGAUGACCGGGUGCUGGACCGAGAUGUUUUGUACUUGUCGCUGGGGCUCAGGGAAGCAGGGAAAGGAGCAUCGUGUAAUCGAUCCCCUCCUCGUGUUCUAGCACUUGUUUCGUCGCUUCUCGAGAGAUUGGUUAAGAAGAAUGAGAUGUUACUGGAGAGUAAUGAGAUCAAAGAUGUGAUCACUGUUUUCCAUGGCUUGAGAGCACCACCAGUGAGCAUUCAGCAAUACAUUGAACGCAUCUUCAAGUACUCUUGCUGCAGUCCUUCCUGUUUUGUUGUUGCACAGAUAUACUUGGAUAGAUUUGUCAAACAGACCAAUGUACACUUAACGUCGCUAAAUGUCCACCGCCUCCUCAUCACCAGCAUCAUGCUUGCAGCUAAAUUCGUCGAUGAUGCAUUCUUCAACAAUGCCUACUAUGCCAAAGUAGGAGGAAUAAGCACAGGGGAGCUGAACAAGUUGGAAAUGAAGUUUUUGUUUAGUGUAGAUUUCAGACUUCAGGUAAAUACCACCACAUUUGAGAGAUACUGCUGUAAUUUGGAUAGAUUAGAAGCCACGGACGUGCUUCAGAUUGAACGGUCGAUUCAAGCUUGUCGAAUCAAGGAGACCUGGUCGAACAAUGAGGAUUCGACAACCACUUGUGCUCCUGCAAUUGCAAGAUGAAGAUGGUUUCUGUAAGACUAGUGCCUACUGCACUGGUACUGUUCGAUCGGUCGAUCCCACAUUGAUUUGUUCAUUGAAAGUUGGGCGUUGUAGCUAGGUAGAGCUGGACAAGCAUAUUGAAAGGUUAGCAGAUUUUGGAGACUAUUUGAAUUGUCAAUUUACUUGCACUGGCAUGUGGUGCCUAGUUAUUCAUUUCCCCUCAUCACAGUCAUUCCUUCUUGUUGUUGUAUAGAUUUGAGAGAAACUCCAGAGUUCACGGAAUUUUAUUGCUGUUUGAGU